CGACACACGACUGCGUUGCUGUCUGAUUUUUCGAGGUAUAUACCACAUGCAAACAUGAUAGAAGCAGCUGUGGCACGAGAAUAAAUUUAAGUGUUUUCAUUCUAGUUAAUAUAAAAGAUUUAAUUCAUGUUUCCAUGGAUGAAGGAGCAACUAACAGAGGCCUGGAAUAGUAGGAAGAGUUCAAGGAGUUCUAAGAAACACUCCUUAAAUGGCUCUUCUGAAGAUUCCGGAGGAAUGACAUCCUCCACUGCUGCUGAAAGCUUUCUCAUCAAUGUCAUCAGCUUGGAUGGAGGAGUAUUAUACGUUGCAGUGACAAUGGAAUAUACUAUAGAAAAAGUCAAAUCUAUAGCUAUAGAGCAUUUUUAUGGUCAUGACAAAAGUAAAACACCUUCACAAUACAGACUAGUCCAUGGAACUUUAUUAAAGGCACUUACUGAUGAAAUGAGUUUAAAUCAAGAAGAAAUUUCUGAGUCAGAUGAGUUAUUAUUAGUAGAAAUUAGGCCUGCUUCAGAAAAAGAAAAUUUAACGAAAGAUGUUUUGAAAGGUCCAACAGAUGAGGAAAUAAUGAAUGCCACCAGUCAUCUGACAAUUAAAAAUCCUCCAAAGCCAGCAAUAGACUCUGAAUGUCCAGUAGAUUACCAGAGUGAAAUCAGAAAAAUAUUAGUUACACUUGUCCAAGCAUCAGCGAAAAUUCUUAUGUUCAGUCCAGAUGCUGUGAAAUUUUAUGAAUUUAUUCGAGAAAAACUCGAAGCUCAACUGAGACCACCAACAGACCCGAAGGCUGUAAAGUAUUUAGUAGAAAUGGGGUUCCCAGAAAGUAAAGUAUUAAAAGCAUUGCGUCUUAGAAAAAUGAAUACAUCAGAAGCAUUAGAAUGGCUUUUAGAACAUCAAGAUGAUCCUGACGAAGAAGACAAUUUAGAACUUCCAGAUCUCGAUGAAAUAUUAGCAAAAGAAGCGGGUCCUAGUACGUCAGGUGCGUUAAAAGGUGCAAGAAGAAGUUCUUUUAAAGAGUCUCUCGUAAAGCUCUUUAAAAAAAAUCAGGGGUCAACUAAAAAGGAGCCAAAUUUGGUUCACAUAGUGAAUGUCCUUUUAGAUAGCUAUAGACAAUAUCAAAAGUUCAACUUCAAACCUAGCCCAAGCCUAGUAGAUUCUCUAGAAGCAAUGGGAUUUGAAAAAGAAAAUAUACUGGAAGCCCUCAAAAUUACUGGAAACAAUCAAGCAAAUGCUUGCGCAUGGUUAUUAGGUGAGAGAAGACCUAGCUUGCAAAAUUUGUAUGAGGGUAUGGAUCCAGAUGGACCAAUUUACAAUGCUAUAAUGAAUAACCCACAAAUUCAACUCAGUCUCACAAAUCCUAAAAUGCUAUUAGCAUAUUUAUCUAUGUUGGAAACACCUUUAGCGACAAACGCGUGGAUGAAAGAUCCAGAAGUUUCACCAGUUCUCACUCAAAUCUUCAAAAUUUACCAUGCUGAAAAGCAUGCAAUCCACGUCAAUCGUUAUGAUGAUUCUAGCUAGCGUUGCCUAAUGACUUAUUACUCCAAUAUGUAUCUAUUUUUCAUAUGAAACUAAUAAGAGCUUGAGUUAAAGGCUUUCCAUUGAGUUAAUUGAUUAUUGUAGUUCUAGUCAUGGAAAAAAUGACAGAAUAGAUUACUUGAAAUCAAUAUUAAUGAAUAAUUAGUAGUAACAAAUGAAAGUAACCAAGACUUUAAUUGCAAAAUUAUUUUAUUCACAUUUGAUUGACUCUGAUUUAAUAAACAAUGAAAAUGAAUUUUGUUGUAAAUAAAAAUGACAUAGCUUUACUCAAAUUUUAAUUAUGAGCAGCUUCGGUUUUGCCUGUUACGAAAAUUAUGUUUUGUACAUUAACUAAAUAGAACCGCAUUGACGGUUUCCAAAUUGUAUACUUGAUUAAACUAGUUUUAAGAAAAGCUGAAUUGUUAAAAAUUAAGUAAAGUACUUACAUUUAAGUGCUGAGUUGAUACAUAUUAUUAUCAAUGUAAUUUCUGAAGUAGUCCGAUCGUAUAAGUUUUCAAUUUCGUCAGUGCACAAUUGUUAUUCCUCAACAUGUAUAAUAAUUCAAAUUUCGGACAUUUACCCAAUAUUAGGAGCAUUUUGUGAUCAACUACUAUCGGAAGAGUAGUGGUUAUAAUUCUCACGAAAAGUUAUGAAUAUAUUAUUUUCUACUGAUGUUGUCAAUUAUUAUUUUACCAUUAAAAUUUCUUCAAAUUUUGAGCAACUUAAGUAGUUUUUAUUUGUUCAAAAACAUGCUUGUAGCCGUCUUUCAUUUUUCAACACUGUAGUGGUACCGUUAAAAUCUUU